UUGGGCGGAAGCCCGGCGGGCCUCCUGGGCCCUCCUCCCGACCUGCCCCUGGCGCCCCGCCCACCCGAAAGUGGGUGAAAGGUCGGCGGCGCCGGCACUGCUGCUGGGGCUGCGGAGCUAAGACCGCCAGCGAACUGACAAACUGACUGACAGACGGACUGAUCAUGGCAGACCAGCCUAAGCGCAUCAGCCCGCUCAAGAACCUGCUUGCCGGUGGCUUUGGCGGAGUGUGCCUGGUGUUCGUGGGCCACCCUCUGGACACGGUCAAGGUGCGAGGAGGCGGGGGAUCACAACUGCUUACUUCUCUUUUUUAUUUUCAAUAUAGUUAUCCCCAACUAUUUGUGGCUGGGAUGUUAUCUGGUGUAUUCACCACAGGAAUUAUGACCCCUGGAGAACGGAUCAAGUGUUUAUUGCAGAUUCAGGCUUCUUCAGGGGAAACUAAGUACACUGGUACCUUGGACUGUGCAAAGAAGCUGUACCAAGAGUCUGGGAUCCGAGGCAUCUACAAGGGGACUCUGCUCACCCUCAUGCGAGAUGUUCCAGCCAGUGGAAUGUACUUCAUGACUUAUGAAUGGCUGAAAAAUAUCUUUACUCCAGAGGGAAAGAGGGUGAGUGAACUAAGUGCUCCUCGGAUCCUGUUGGCUGGGGGCAUUGCGGGGAUCUUCAACUGGGCUGUGGCAAUUCCCCCAGAUGUGCUCAAGUCCCGCUUCCAGACUGCACCUCCUGGGAAAUAUCCUAAUGGUUUUAGAGAUGUGCUAAGGGAGCUGAUCCGGGAUGAAGGAAUCACGUCCUUAUACAAGGGAUUCAAUGCAGUGAUGAUCCGAGCCUUCCCAGCCAAUGCAGCCUGCUUCCUUGGUUUUGAAGUUGCCAUGAAGUUCCUUAAUUGGGCCACCCCCAACUUGUGAGGCUGAAGACUGCUUGAGGCUUCUGGAUGCUGAAAGGAAGAGUAAUGGGCAGGGGACUCAGCAGUCCUGAAGGGUGAGGGGAGGGGGAUGGUGGGAUCAGAGCUCUGUGCAUGACUUGGUGAGACCGUUGCCUUAAUGACAUCCUCUACCUUGUGUAACUUGGUGUGCCAUUUUGAAACCUGAAUUUAGUCUUGUCAAUAUAAGGGAUCCCAAGAGGGUUUGGAGAUGGAAAAGUAGCUUCUCGACCAAAUACUGUCCUAUAGCCAGAAUGCUGUCUAGUAGUUGACUGCUGGUCUUACUAUACCCCAAAUAUUUUUUGUUAAAGAGGUAAUCUCAGUUUCUCACUGGAGGCACUCUGCAUGUUUUCAAACAGCUGACCAGGAGCUGGGGCCUUCUUCAAUCCCUAGCCAGGAAUACCCAUCUAAUUUCCAGGGUGCCAUCUAAUUAUGGCCUGCACAUGGGGAAGUGGACGUGAGGCCUAUACUGUUUUUCCAAGUGUACUAGGCAUAUAUGCCUAAGAACAGAUAGCUUAUUAACCGUUGGACUUUUAUUUUAUUUUUUACACAUGCAAGUAAUCAAAAGUAAAACUAGAGUAGCCUAAUUUCCCAAGAGUAGGUGGAAAACUUUUCCUCCUACACAGUGAAGACAGUUGUAGCCUGGUAGGAUAAGAGAGAAAGCUCAGGGUGUAGGAAGUCUCUUUUUGCACACUCUUUUCUCAUGAAAGCACCCUAUUUUAAUAGGAAACAAUAAAUAUUGUUUCUAAUUUU